AUGGAUUUCGACCUGAUAAUUAAGAACGCCACAAUCGUAACGGCCACAGAGAUCCUACGGCCAGGGCUGUCAAUUGGAAUUAAGUCGGGCGUCAUCAGUGCCAUCGCCCUUUCGCUUCCAAUAUCCACAGCUGCAGGGUCAAAAACUCAAGUGAUCGACGCCGAAGGUGCUUAUGUGACGCCCGGUGGUGUCGAUUCACACGUGCAUUUGCAUCAAGACAAUGCACCAAGCGGAGAUAAAUGGCUCAGUGGUUCGCGGUCUGCUCUGGCUGGAGGUAAUACCACGAUCCUCGCAUUUGCGACGCAGAAGCGAGAUGAUGUCUCCUUAAUGCCUGUUGUGGAAGAAUACCAUCGGCGAGCUAGGGAUCAGAGUUACAUCGACUACGGAUUCCAUCUGAUCCUGACGAAGCCAUCGGAAUCGAUCUUGCAACACGAGUUGCCGCUCAUGGUCAAACAAGAAGGUAUAUCUAGCGUCAAGCUGUACAUGACGUACCCGGCGAUGAAGCUGGGAGACGGUGAGAUGCUCAAUGUGCUGAUGAGGACGAGGGAAUUGGGCAUGACGACCAUGAUACAUGCUGAGAACAGUGAUAUGAUUGACAUGAUUACCACUCGACUCCUAUCAUCAAGCCAUCUCGCACCAGCAUACCACGCGAUCGCACGGCCACAAAUCGCCGAAACAGAAGCAACAUACCGAGCAAUAGCACUCUCGACACUAACAGACACACCGAUCCUCAUCGUCCACAUGUCAUCACCAGUUGCCAUCGCACACGCACGAAAAGCACAAUCCAAACUCCUGCUGCCGGUCCACGCCGAGACAUGUCCGCAUUACCUGUAUCUCCUCUCGGAGAAACUCGCCGCGACGAGCAUUAGCAUCACGGGCACGAGUGUGACAUCAGCACCAACAGCACAGGACGAAGAACCCGGCAACGAUGACCUACACGAGAAACACACGCACCACGAUCCGGACGACCACUGGGCCGGAGCGUCACACGUCUGCGCUCCACCCCUACGACACUCCGAUGCAGACCUGCAAGCGGUGUGGGACGGCGUGCACAACGGGACCAUCACCGUGAUCUCCUCGGACCACGCUCCAUCGAGAUAUAAUUCGGCGCUGGGGAAGAAGAAGCCUGUGGUUGAGGCGCAGAGGGCUGCCGCUGCGGCUGGAAUUGCCGCUACAAUAGGUUCCGACCUCCCUGGUGUUUCAGCCUCACCACUCAACCCUAUUACUCCAGGCCCCAAUUUUGCACAGAUCCCGAAUGGCCUCCCAGGACUGGAAACCCGGCUGCCACUCUUAUUCGACGCGGCGACAAGGCCUCCGUCCACGUCAUCUCCUGUACAACGAAGCCUUUCGCUCCCAAAGUUCGUGGAGCUGACGUCCACGAACCCGGCGCGCCUGUACGGGCUCGGCGGGCGGAAAGGAUCCAUUGCACCGGGCUACGACGCGGACCUGGUCAUCUGGUAUCCCGCUGCGCACGCAGACGCUGCUACCACGAUUGAGAACCGCAUGCUACAUCAUUCGAUCGAUUAUACGCCGUUUGAAGGCGUGGAGGUCGCGAAUUGGCCGAGGUACGUGUUUCUCAGGGGUCACAUCACAUGGAAUCGCGAUGUGGAGCUACGAGAUGGGCUUGGAAAGGGGUUGGUAGGCAGGCCAGGGGACGGGGUGUUCUUGAAGAGAGGAAAGGGGGAAGUUCUGGUGGGGAGAACUGGGCAGACGCCUGCUGGGAUGAAGGAUGGGGAGAGGAAGGCUUGGAUGCAUUGA